UCAAUUCAAUUCCACAUAAACCUCCGACAUGCCAUGAAGAAGAGCCAAAAGCACAUAAUUUAAUCAAGCAUCUAACAAUUACUUCUGAUCCCUCAAAACCUCACCAAAUUGGCUCGUUCAAAGGUUAUGUAAAAACCAAAGAACCAAUCGAUGAUACUGCAUACUUUUUGGGUUUUAUCUUUGGUUCAGAUGGGAAACUCUUAACUUUCGCUGGUAAUAAUAUUUGUACUGACAGAGUUACUAAAUGCCCGACUAAAGAAUAUGAAAUUAAUCAGGAAAUUGAUAUAAGUAAUUUACCUAAAAAUUCUAAAAAUUUCACAAUUGCAGCUGCUGUUAUUAAUUCUAAAAAAGCUUUAGCUAUUGGAUUCUCUAAUAAUUGCAAAUUCACUAAAUCAACAAGUAAUGAACUUAAUACUAUAUUUAAAAGCCUUUUAACUGUAAACAACUAA